UGACGUAUGAACGGCCGAAACGAAAACGAAAGAAAAGCCUCUUGUGCCGUUGUUAUCUUCUAUCAUUUCUAAAGAAUGGAGACAAACGGCCAAGUAAAUGGGCUUAAAUCUAAAAAGAAAGACAAUGGAGAUGGGAAGGAUAACUUAUGGUCUGCUAUUUUAGAGGAAGUACAGAACCAAGGUAACACAAAACUUCCUUCAAAUAAAAAUGUGUUAGUCUUGGGUGAUAAUGAGACUGGUAAAACAACGCUUAUAGCUAAGUUACAAGGAGUUGAAGACCCCAAGAAAGGUUCAGCACUCGAAUAUGCAUACAUAGAUGUAAGGGAUGAAUAUCGUGAUGACCAGACAAGGCUCAGUGUUUGGGUGUUAGAUGGUGAUCCUGGGCACACAAAUUUGCUCAAAUAUGCACUAAGCACUCAGACAUUCCCACACACCCUGGUCAUCUUCACAGUAGCCAUGACCACCCCAUGGGGCAUACUGGAUCAGCUACAGUGUUGGGCAACAGUGCUCGCUGACCAUAUAGAUAAAUUGGAUCUCACACCAGAAGAAAAGUUACAUAGUAAAAAGCAAAAAGUGCAAAACUGGGUCAGAUAUACAGAACCGGGUGAUGAAUUGGAGCCCACCGCUUCAUCGCCGAUGAAGAGAUCAUCACGAAAUCUCUCAGACGAGCUGGACAGUGAUGAGGACGACAAUCCGCUGCCGGAUGGUGUGCUCACAAGGAACCUUGGCUUGGACAUUGUCGUUGUUGUAACAAAGACUGACUACAUGAGCACGCUAGAGAAAGAGCACGACUACCGUGAUGAGCACUUCGACUUCAUGCAGCAGUGGAUCCGGCGGUUCUGCCUGCAGCACGGCGCCGCGCUCUUCUACACCAGCGCCAAGGAGGACAAGAACUGUGACCUGCUGUACAAGUACCUCACGCACCGGAUAUACGGCCUGCCCUUCCGGACUCCGGCGCUCAUCGUGGAGAAGGACGCCGUUCUUAUACCGGCAGGAUGGGAUAGCUUAAAGAAAAUAUGUAUUUUAUAUGAGAACAUGCAGACAUGUAAACCAGAUGAUUACUAUAGAGAUGUUAUAGUUCAGCCGGCUUCGAGGAAGACGGGUGGACAUCGUGAGGCAGAGAUCACGGCGGAAGACGAACAGACGUUCUUGCAGCGGCAACUCACCGCGCUGCAAGCGGGCGCCGCGCCCCGGGCCGAGUCUCCGCUGCGCACCGCGCACCGCUCCGCACAGUUGGACGGCGCCAAGACGGCGCUGGGCGGCUCGCCCGGCAACGAGGGCGUGCUCGCCAACUUCUUCAACUCGCUGCUGUACAAGAAGAGCGGCUCGCCCGCGCGGCCCGACGCCUCGCCGCUGGCCGCGCGCUCUGACGCGGCGGCCGAGCUGGACCGGCUCACGCGCGCCAAGCGGCCGCAGCUCGACCUCAACUCCUCCGAGUGCUAGCUACUAGGUACAGCGGCAAGUGUACUCAAUCAGUAAGUAAGGGCCGUGUACUUCGUUGAUCACGCCUACUCUCAAGCCAACAUCUAGAAGAGAGACUGGUCAAUGAGAUUCCUUCGCUUGCAACAGACAGACAAACACACAAACAAGCACGGAGCUGUGACGUCAUGGCGGCUAGCGAACAAACACUGGGACUAUUUUCUACGUACGUUCCGCUUUACAUAAUUAAACAAUACACAACACUUCUUCUAUUUUAGAUUAAAAGAUGUUACACCAAUAUCUGAUGAAGAUUUUUAUACAGCUUGUGAUUCUAACUGGAAAGUAGUGCCCAUGUGUAAUAUAGACAUCAUUUUCAUUGUAAUCAAAUAGCAAUUGUGUAUUUUUUUACAUGUAACACUAAUUGUUUUAUUAUAAUAAGUAUUUAUUUAGGUAGUGUUGUGUUCGAAGUGAAGAUAAUUUAUGAUAAUUUUUACUUAAUGGUGAUCAUAUCUCCUUAAGUAAUAGUAGGCACGUGGUUAUUUAAUUUAAUUUAUUAUUUAUAUUUAUGAUUGUAUUUUGAGAAAAUAACAUUCAGUCAUAACAUUAAAGGGGAAGAUAUAUAAUAUUGGAGAAAUAAAUUGAGAUUGGACAUAAAUAUGAUUGUUGGUUUGUGUGAGUACUACUAUUACAUGAGGAGAUGUAUCUAUGGCUUUGGUCACCAUUGAGUGUGUAUGUUAUAAACGGUUGUUUUGUCCAUGAGAUUAAAAUGAUUUUGUACUGAAUCAGAUAAUUUAUCAGUAUUCCGGUAUGUAUCAUCUAAAUGCUUGAUUUUAUUAUGAUUGGCUGUUUCGAUGCCACUUUAUUCAAUUUAUUGCGAAGCUUAUAUAUUCAGGUUGUUGUAAAAAUAAUUUUAUAAUAAUAAUAUAAUUUAAUGAUUCAGUACAAGUGAUAUUAGACAAAACGUGAUCUUCUGUGAAGACAGCCCCAAGAGGAGGUCCAACGAAAUGUAACCAGAUAUUUUUGUUGUCAUAAACUGUUUUUUUUUUAAUUAUUUUUAAGUAACCAAUCAAUUAUAUUAUAGCAAUUGUAUUAACUUUGGACUGUUUGAUUGUGUUUGGUGUAAUUUUUAAUUCGAAAAUAAAUUAUAGUAUGCUUUUUAUAAAAAGCUUACAUAUAAUAACAAAAUAAGCCUUAAAUAAAUUGAGCGUGUAUAUCUUAUUUGUAUUUAGCUUAAUUGGUGUUUAAGGCAAAUAGUAAUUAGUUCCAAUUACAUUGUAAAAGAUCAAAAAACAAAUAACACAUGGUACAUAUAAGAUAAUAAAUUGUUGUAACUCUCGAAAUAAUCAUUUUUGUUGAGAAUCUUAAAUCAUAAACUUAGUAUACUACCGUAAAAGAAAAAAAAAACUCUCCUCAUUAUCGCCAGACUAAAUUUAAAAUGUUCUUAUGUGCCAGUUUUACAGAUGUAUUAGUGAGUUAGUUGUUGGUUGUAGUAUUUUACUUUGGGUCAAUGCCUAUGACAAAUAUUGAUAAACGGCAUCAUAUUCACGUAUAGAAUAUUUUAUUUUCCAACACAUAUUUUUUUAAAUUAAUAUAAUCUUUAGAAAAUAGAGUGUUUUCUGCGUAUAUGAAAUGAAAUAUUUAGUAUUUUAGUGUUGAAGAAUCAGAAACACAGAACAAUAAAGGUAAAACACUAAUAUUAAAACGUGGUCCAAUUUGACAGGAGACUAAUGGACACUAAAUUGUUUCAAAAUGGUUUCAUGGUCUUCAUCUAUUCCGUGUCUUUUUCACACCUAGGUUUUUACUUAAGGAUAGUUAUCUCACUUAUACACAGGGUUGGUCUAUUACGGUAGUAUAUUAAGUUUGUCUUAAACAUACUUGAAAAAGGUUUGGUUACAUUCAGUUGGAUUGGACGAAUGUUUUGCACAAUCAAGUCACUGUUUGUACAAACUAUCGUUAAUAAUUGUAAACAACAUGUUAAAGGCCAUCUAUACAAUACUAACUGCAUCGUCAUCUUAAUAAAUGUAAGAUCAAAGUUUAGAGUUUUUCAAAUACACUUAUAUUAUAAUCUAUUUGAUUUCCAGGGUAUCUAAUAGUUAAUUUAUGAUCCUGAUAUAAUGAAUCGAUAAAAUAAAUUGUUUAUUUGCUACACACUACAUGCAAUUUUAUAACAAUUUGUUAUUUUUAAAGUAAACACCCUCACUUGUGGUGUUAAUAAUACAAUUUAAAUUUGUAACGAAAAUUUAUGAACAAUGCGGGUCUCGAACCCGCGCCUCUCGAGUUCCGCCCGAGCGCUCUUAAUAACUGAGCCUACCGUUCGGAGUGACGCAUGGAUCGUAAAACUGCGUAUAUCUUGUUCAACUCUCAGGUUGUGGCUCCAUCUACAAGAUCUACUUUACAGUUGAGAGAAUACAGCGCGGGUUCGAGACCCUCAUUGUUCAUAAAUUUUAGUUACAAUUUUAAUUUGUAUUAUUUAUGAAAGUAAGAAAGACACAAAAAAAAAAUGUUUUAAAACAGAUAUAAUUAGUGUGAUAGUUUUAUUUUAAUUAUUGAAAAAUAAUCACUUUUAUAUUUAACGUCAUUAUUCUACAUCGUAAUUUUUAUGGUAUUAUUAUUAUCUUUAUUUAAUCGAUUGUAAAUCAAAUAAGACAACUGUAAAAUUAAAGUGAUUAUUUUCCGGUAGAUAUUAAUUUGUAUAUAUUAUUUGCUCAUUUUAAUCUUAUGUAGUGAAUUUAAUAUGUAAUUUAUGUUUGUAUAAUAGUUGAUUUUUAAUACAGUCGUAAUGGUGGCCUUUACUGUUUAGCCAAAAUUAUUUCCAUACCUCCGUUCCUUGUAGCGAUACUUUAUAUGGCAUAGAAGAUUGGUUUAUGUUUGGUGCAAUACAGAACAUUCCAAACCUGGUUUGGUGCUUAUUAAUUUAGUAAAAUGAUUGAAUAUAA